UAGGGCAAGAAAACCCAAACCACAUCGCUACGAGCACACGGAGAAGGCUCCCCUCUUCCCUUUCCUCCCUCCGAGUCCGGAUUGCGGCGCACAGACCCGCGAGAAAUCGCGCAGCAGCCACCACCACCACGCAGUCGUCCCCUCCCCCCAUCCUCGUCCUCUUCCUCCACUCGCUCGUGGGGGAGGGAUCGGCAGGUAGACUAGACAGGACAAAGAUCGGAAUUAGCCACGCAAACCAGGGGGCCGUCCGUUGGGGGGAAACCUUUUUUGGUUUUGUGUUUUGAUGAUAUUGGUGUUCUUUCGAGUCCUCCUCAUCGAUCGGAUGGUAAUGGCAUGCCAAUCCCGCUGAAUCGGUUGUGUGAGAAUUUGCUGCGUAGACUUUGGGUUCGGUUUUGGUUCUGGGUUGGUUAAUUCGUGAGACUCGUUUUAACGGGAGAAACUGAAUCGUAACGGAACGUAAAUUUUGACCAAUCUGUGUGUAUUCUAUCUAUCAAUCCAGAGGGGGAGGGAGGAUUUGAUAGAUUUUGAAGUUUCUGGGGGAGGGGGGUUUGGUGAGGAGUCCGAUCGGUCCGGCGAUGGCGCCGCCGCCGUCCACGGACUGCUGGGCCGCCUUCUUCCGGGCGGCCGGGGACGGCAUCUUCGACCUCAUCGAGGCGGCCAUCGACGUCGCGGCGGCCGACCGCCCCGACGCGCUCCGUGCCAGGCGCGACGCCAUAGCCGAGCACCUCUACACGGCGACCCUCGCCGUCUCCGGCGCGCCCGCUGCGGCGGCCGGGGCGGCGGCGCGCCCGCCCGCGCCGGUGCCCGCCGUUGAGCCGAGGACAGAGGCGCUGCAGCAGAAGCAGCAGCAGCUCCUCCUUCCUGAGGGCGCCGCCAGCGUCCCGAGCCUCUGCAGCUCGGACCGCGCCGAGGCCAUCACGGACGACGGCGCGCCCCGCCGCGGCGAGGGCGACGACGCCGUCGCCGCCGAGGCCGAGCGCAUCAAGGCCGCCCUCGUCAACUACCAUGAAAAGUCGGAGGGGGCGUUGCUCGAGCUGCUCCGGCGGCUGCAGCAGCUGGAGUUCACGGUGCACACCUUGAAGGUCACAGAGAUUGGGAAGACGGUGACCAACCUCCGGAAGCACAACUCCAAGCAGAUUCGGCAGCUUGUCCGGUUGCUCGUCGGAGGUUGGAAGCUCAUAGUUGAUGAUUGGAUGAGCAGCGGUGGUGACGCCAUUGUUGAUCACACCCCUCAGUCCAUGCAUCCUUCAAAUCUGGAGCAGGAAGAUCGAGGGCUCUCUUCUCCUGCCAUGGACGAGGGUGCUCUCUUGGCCACACUGAGCACUUCCAUUGGGCUCUCCGAGGACAACCAGAACUCGCGGUUGUUUCAUGGAAUAGAUGAUGGAAAUACAAGGAACAGUGGGCAGCGGAACCUGGGAUGCCAAGAACCAAUUAGAAGGCCGCCACUGCCAAUGGCCCAGCAAUAUGACCCUGACCAGAGCUGGAGGCAGGAACAAUCUGCAGCGAGGCAGUCACGGCCGCAAGAACUGACCAAUGGGCAAACUAAAGAGCAAUUUAUCGCAGCCAUGCUGGCGAGGCCCCCAGCCUCAAAUGCUAAGCCAGGUCCUGUGAGACCUCAAGUGAGAUCUAAGCCACAUCAAGAUGCCUCACCGGCUCAAGGGAGACCACAGUCGGUGCCAUCUGAUAAACAGGUAGGCAAUUAUGAUGCAAACUCAGUUCGAGCAAAGUUAGGGCUCGCGAAGAAUGCAAAGCUAGAAAUGUCAAAUAACUCGAAGCUAGAGGUGGCAAAACGAAAGCUUCAGGAGGGCUACCAAGAAUUUGAUAAUGCAAAGAAGCAGAAAUGUAUCCAAAUGGUGGAUCCGCAGGAUGUUCGGAAGCAAGGGAACCGGAGCGGGCAGCCUAGUGGCAAGCCCUGGAACAGCAGCAACACCAACAACAACCGGAAUUGGUCAUCGAGGUGACCACAUUCCAUUCAGAAACCAAACCAUUCGGAAAAAUUUCCUCCCUUCCCGAGCCGCGGCUUAAGUUGCUAGUCCACCCCCAGUACAUAACAGCAAUAAGGCAUUUUUUUUUCCUUCCUUAAAUGCAAACUGCAUUCAUCAGUGCCACCCUACCAAACAGAACAUUGCGGCUCGAGAGCCGUGCCGCUGCUCCCCAAACUUGGCUGUUCAUAAUGGCUGGCUUUACCUAGUGUGUGUCAAAACUUGUAAAAAGAUGAGAUGAGUUGGUGAUACUAAUUGUUGUUUUGUUUCCUCGGGGAUGAAAUAAAAUGCAAGUGCUUCAGAACAACA